AUGUUAAAUUUGGCAAGGAGUUUAGCAUCGCAAAAAUUAGUCAAUUUAAAACCCAAACGUGUGCACAUCGAUAAUUUAAUAUUCAAGUGUCAUUACAGAGCAACGGUUUUGCUAUUGCUCAUCGGUGUCGCGUUGUUAUCCUCUCAGGAAUACAUUGGAGAACACAUAAGAUGCAUACACGGCGACAGCAAAUUAGGAAAAGUCAUCGAUAGAUUUUGUUUUUUCAUGGGAACGUUUACAGUCGUUAAACAUCACAACAGAUCCGUUUCCAACAGAGAAAUCGCACAUCCUGGAGUCGGUCCUUACGUACAAAAAGAUGGAGAAGAAAUAAUAAAACAUAUUUAUUACCAAUGGGUUAUUUUUUUCUUAUUCAUUCAAGCUGUUUUUUUUUACACUCCCCACUUGAUAUGGAGAGAAAUGGAAAAAGGGAUUAUGAAAAAAUUAAUUUUGGGAUUAAAUGAAAUUAAAAUGUUGAAUGUGGAAGAAAAAAAAAAAAAUUUUCAUAUCAUUCAAAAUCAAUUGAAAAAUAGAUUAUACGUAAACAGAUCGUGGUCUGGUUAUUUGAUUUUUUGCGAAUUAUUAAAUUUAAUAAAUUUAAUAUUACAAAUAUAUUUAACAAACGUAUUUUUAGGUUAUAAAUUUUGGAAUUUGGGAAAACAAAUUUAUUGGGAUGUAAAAAAUGACGAAUUCAAUCCUCUCGAUGUGAUUUUUCCAAAAGUGACAAAAUGUUCUUUUCAAAAAUUCGGUCCUUCCGGUUCCGUACAAUUCCACGACAUUAUGUGCAUAAUGGCUUUGAACAUAGUCAAUGAAAAAAUUUUUAUUGUUUUAUGGUUUUGGUAUUUGAUACUCUUCAUCCUUUCCGUUUUCGUAUUAAUAUGGCGGAUCGUAUCGUUUUUCAUGAAAAAUUCAGUUUCGUUUAACGACUACGUAUUUAAAUUCACCGCCUUUUCGAAAUUGAACAAAUUACAUUUGACGACCGUUUUACACAACGUCAGCUAUGGAGAAUGGUUAUUUUUGAAAUAUCUCGCCGGAAACAUGAACGGUAAAAUGUUUAACGAUCUUUUAGCACAAUUAUCGGAAUCGUUCCUACGGGAAUCCGUGUCGGAGGAUGAUGAUAAAAAAAUUUUAGAAAAAAAAAUAGUUGAAAAAGAAAAACAGUCUUCCGUUCAAUUGUUGUUAGAUUUUUAA